GCCUAAUCUUGCUGAUAACAGCGUCUUUGGCGAACCAGAGACCACCCUUCGCCGGCCAUCCCUCUGAUAGCUUGCCGCCGCUUGUUGACUCCAGGACGUCCCACCCCUGAGACGACGUCACAGGACGCUGUUUUGUCUUCUUAGAAUCGACGGGGCGCUUGCCGCAGCGCGGCUGUCGUCUCCCAGGGCCAACCACGAGGCAUGGCCGACAAGAUGUCCAUCGACACCAAGCCGCCGAACCCUGACCGGGACGAGAGCGAAGAGUCGACUGGUUCCACCCCGGAGAGGGAGCAGAACCCGUCCAUGACUGCCGGCAGCGGCAGCACCAUCAUCAACGUCUCCCAGGACGGCCAGCAGCCCAAGAGAAAGGGUGGCCGCAAGCCUAUCUAUGCCACUUCGGAAGAACGCAAACAGCGCAACAGACAAGCGCAAGCUGCCUUCAGAGAGCGUCGCACUGAGUAUAUCAAACAACUCGAGGAAACCAUCCGCGUCCAUGAGUCCAACUUACACAAUCUGCAGGCGGCGCACCGCACUGCCGCUGAAGAAUGCCUGAUGCUGCGAUACAAGAACUCGCUUCUCGAGCGUAUCCUCCUUGAAAAAGGCAUCGAUGUCCAGGCCGAACUGCAAGCCAAAACCGGCAGUCCCAACUUGGCGCCCACUCAUAUGCCGCAGAAUCUGGUCCAGCCGCCUCCUCUUCAACGUACCAUGAUGCACCGACACCACGCGCGCAAGUCUACCUCCAGCAUUGCGCCCAAGACCGAACCCGGCACAGCUCUUCCACCACCUCUGCAGCCUCAUAAAACCGCGCCAUCACCCAAGAAUCGACCAACGCCCUCAUCUCAUGCCAAUUCCCCCAUGGCGACAAGCUCGGCAUUCUCUCCCGCAGCCUCGGAUACCUUGUCUAUGAGAGGUUCGAUUUCUGGACUGUCUCGUCAGCAGAUGACACCCAUCUCCAUCACCACCCCUUCGUCGAGGCAGCCACAUGCACAGGCCGGGUCGAGGGCCGCAAUGGGCUCCGGUGCAUCAUUCUAUCCGACACCUUCCUUCCAGAAUCACAUUGAGCAACUUGAACAAGAAUACGAAGCCGAUAUGGUUGAUGAUUCAGAGAUUGAGACACCAAGCGGUCCCGGCCCAUACCCUGGCGGUUUCAACGGCGAGCAGCAAACGAUGCUUCUCUCUCCAGCCUCCACCGGGCCCGGGCAUCAGGUGACAACGGGUUCUCAGUACCCCUCAAUGUCUCAACUUUUGGACCAGAACGCAGACUGGGGAGAUCCGUUUGGUCUCAGCGCCAGCAUGGCUUUUCCGGCUCAGCCUUUUCCGUUCGACCAGGCACAUAUGAGGUGAUUUGCAGCUAUGUGACAUCCGUCGGAUGGCCCUGAGUCUGGGCAUCGCCUAUAAAGCGGCGGUGUGGCGGGACUCGUUUAAUCCCACCUAGGGCUGAAUCUUGACACUUCCUCGGAGCCGAAAUACUUUCUAUUCUAGUUUGAGUGAUUGUAUAAGGUGCAUGAGCGUAAGAUGGACGUCUCAUCUCAAGAUUUAGGCUCAUUGCGGAAGCUGGUCGCGUUCCGAAGCGGAUGGCCAAGCAUGGACCUCCCUGGGCAAGAUUAGUAUGAUGUGCGUUCCAAACGCUCCGGAUUCAUUAGGACGCGAGAGCCCUGUUGGUUCUCCUUACACCUGGUCGAUCCGGCUAAAUUUUGUACUCCCCAGUCCCGCGUCUGACAGAAUGUGGAGAAGCGAAUCGAAAUGCCGUCGUGGAUUUUUUCGAACUCUGUUUGGUUAACAGCCCCUGGUUGUUCUUAAUGCCUAUGAUCAUGGGGACCAUUGAGACAAAAAUUUUAUACCAGGAUAACCAAUGGACUGCGGGUAUACCUCACGUAUUCCACGAAUCACUAAGCGUUGAUUUUCAUUCUACAAAAAAAAACUAUAAUUUAACUUUAGCCCACGAUAUACGAAGCAUCACUUUGGUGGCAUGGCCCAUGUCUUCGGGCUUCUUCUCUUAGCCCAGUCCGAGAACGACGACGUGGUGGAUAUACCCAUUGUACCAUUGGAUUGAUGUUACUAAAUAUUUUAAUACGGAGAAAUGGAAAUUAACAAGGCAUGAAAAAAAAAAAGCGAAAAGGGAUUUUUGGUACAGAAAAGUUAUCUUUUUAUAUGGCUGUCACGGGCGUUGCUUUCUGGCGGCUAAACAUUUGAGAAAAAAGACAUACAAAGAGAAGGCACAGGAAAAACAAGUGCCAAAAGGGCACAGGAAAACAUCCGUAUGAACAAGAAGAAUACUAGGACCGAUAGCAUGAUUUAAACGAAUAUAAUGCAUGUAAGCUGACAU